GUCUCACCCACCUUCCACACACACUCACGCAAACAGGGAAAAGAGGAGAAAGCCAGAGAGCGGAACUGCGGCGGCACGAUGGGGAUAUUCCGCCUGCUCCGAUGCUGAGGCGUCCGGAGUUCAGCCACAGAGCGCAUGGGUGUGUGCGUGUGGGUGUGUGUCUGUGUAUGCAUGCGUGAGUGAGCGACUGAAACAAGCCGACACUGUGACGAGGAAGAGGAAGAGGGAAGCAGAGGGAGAGUGUUGACUCUGUCUGGGGCUUGGAGGGACCUAACGCCACUGGAUAAGAGGACGCUGAUGUGCAACAACUAUUCCCAACUCCUGCCGCUCCGCCUGCAUGUCCUCCGAACUUCUGCCUUUGGAAUUGCCUGCCCUCCCAGUUUCACCUCUAAUCCGCUAAGGAAUCGGGCAUGCAUGGGAACAACCAGGGACCUGGGCUAUCGCAUCCUUUACGUCAGCAUUUCACAGCCUGAGGAAACAUGGUGAGCAAGGAGGGUGGCAAAUGCAUGCUCACCAACUCAGAGUCUGACUCAGAGGCAGCGCCUUUGCCCUCCACCUCGCUGGCACUGGAGGUGAAGUAUUCCCUAGAAGCGAGUCGACAGGUGAGGAAGAGAAACAAGGCCCUGCAAGUGCGCUUCAAGGACAUCUGCGAGGCACAGAACGAGCAGAGGGAGGCAGAGCUGCAGGCAGCGGGGAAAGGCGGCAAGCCCAUGUCAUAUAAAGUGGCAUACCGCAAGUACAUGACCGUCCCUGCACGCAGAUCCAUUCCAAAUGUCACGAGGAGCACAGGCGUCCAGACGUCCCCUGACCUAAAGAAACGGUACCAGACUUUCCCCUUUGAGCGGAAGAAAGGACACACAUUUAAACACGUGGCAGCAGUGGAAACAUAUAAAGGUCAGAAUAACGGUUUUGUCAUGGAUGUAAMGGAAUCCAAAGGGGCUGAACAGGGUUUAGAUGAUGACGACGACAGAGCCAGUAGGGGGAGUGGAGUCCUGAGGACCAGGGCUCUGCUCCAUACUAAUGAGUGUACUGCCACAGUGGAACAGCACAGUGCACCCGAUGGCCUGUGCUCCGAUGCUCUGCUGCUCAGUUGCACUGCAGACACAGACUUCCUUGCAGACACACCAAGAGGAAGCGGUGCUGGCACACAAACCAAGUAUCAGCUUUGCAGCGUCCCUUCGAAGGCUGGAACUGGAUUACAACACAGGGAGACCAACGUAGACGGUUUGGCCAAGAGGCAACUGCUCAGUCUGGAGGAAGGUUCGUCCCAAACCCUCCCGGACAGGCCCUCCAAGGUGACGGGCCCCAUCGCAUGGAACUCUCUUACACAGGUGGAGUGCCUGGACAGUCCAUCUGUGCAAAGCAAACGAAAAAAGGGUUUGCAGCUUAACGGGCUGAUGGGUGAGACUUUACCACGAUCCAGUGGAGGCUGUACGACAAAGGCACAGUGUCACACGGGACAGAUAUCUGCCCGGCCUAUACGGGGCAUGGACGAACCUCUGUCACCCACCACAAGUGGUGUGGCUGAUGGGGCACCGUCCACCCAAACACAGGAAGCCUGUAAGCAAAUAGUGCCUGUGAAUCAGGACAGGGAUGUAAAAGCACAGCUCCAAGCCAUGGAAAAUCUCAUCAGCUCGAGCCAAGAGACCAUCAAGAUGCUGCUCGGGGUCAUCCAGGAACUGGAAAAGGGAGAGGCUCAUCGAGAAGGACUCUCCUAUCGAACUGGACAGGACAUGGCUAACUGUGACACAUGCCGGAACAGCGCAUGCAUUAUUUACAGCGUGGAACUGGACUUCAAGCUGCAGGAGGACAAGCUACAGCCGCUAAUGAAGAGGCUUUGCCCUACAGAGGACGCGCACUUCCCUCCCCUGCCUUACCCCCAGGAGGCCUUCACUUCCACCCCAAAACGAAAGUCCAAAGCCGAGUCCAAGAAGCACGCCCGCUGGAAACUUUGGUUCCUGUGAGAACCACAGGGCCGCCUCCAGACCCUGCAACGCACGCACAGGAUUUUAAAAAUCCAUCUGGUUUUUCGUCUUUUUCCCUCCCUUGUUUCAUCUCAUCUUUCUGGAUUUUGUAAAAGCUGGUAUCCAGUUUUACGGGGAGCUCAACAUCUGGAUACCCGGAGAUGGCAGGAUGUGAAAAGGAAGUGCGGAUUGCAUGGAUAAUUCAUGCCAAAUCAAAAUGGAAUCCAUCCCAUUUUCAAGCGAUUUCUCCGAGUGAAGUGUGAAAAUACCAACAGGGAAACAUACUGGAAGAUCAGCACGGCGAGGAGGCGUAUUCAACUCCUGCUGUCUCUUUGCAGAUUUAUUUUUAUAGCUGAUGUCGACGUGGUCCUGCUCUACGGUGACGGUGCAGGAUCCGGCCAUGUUUCUAUUCACAUCUUGGGAUUUUAAUUCUCGGCCUCCAGGAGAGGUUGGCAGUCCGGCACUAAAGCUCCAUCAACAGCAUAUCACUGUACUGUAAAGCACAAUUAACACUGUUCAGGAUUUCUUCAGAGUCAUCAGAAAAAAAUGAACUAUUUUGGCUAUUAAUAUGUAUCCAUGACAGAUUGAAGACUUUUAUAUCGAGCUAAAGAAAAGAAAGGACAACAUGUGAGGUGGUUUUUUGGGGGGGAUUUGAUGAUAUUUCUUCUUUCCACUGAUAAACUGUCUCCUUAAAACAUCUGAAUUUGAAGAAAAGAAUGAAUAAAUACCACUUAUUUUCUUAUUAAUUUAUGAAAACUUAAACUCCGCUGUACUUUUUUUCUAUAUAAAUAUAUAUCUACAUAUAUGA